AUCACUCACAUAAGCUCACAGCCGGGGCCUCGUGAAAACUUUUCUGUUUCAACUUAUAAAUAAACCUUUUAAAAUGUGACUGUUUCAGUCUGAAUGUUAAAUUACAGAUGCUUCUUGUAGAUUAAAAUUUGGGGUUUUAAAUGUAUCAGCCUUUUUAGAGCAAAUGUUUAACCAAUUUAACAACAUACUAAAACUAACUUUCACAGAUGGAGCAUAAAUGGCAGCUUUGAGUGUAAAACAUUAUCAGUCAGAGUCUGUUCAUGAAGAUUUAAAGAGAUGGCACAGCCAGUUUAAGACUCAUUUCACAAUCCACAUCGCAUUACAAUCAACAAGCCGCUGAGCCACAGUCAAGGACAGGAAAGGACAAAAGCCUCUUUCCAUUGCAAUAUGACGUCCAGCGAAGUUCAUUUCAGGGGAUAGGCUAACAGUAGUAACUGCUGUAAAACCAUGUCUACUGGUGAUAAGGCAUGAAGCAGAACUUAAGGACAACUGAGUAAACAUCAGUAUCAAAUUGUGUAAAUGGAAAAUGGUGAAAUGCAGAUUUUGCUGUCCACGAACUAUUUGUGUUUGACUGAAAUCACUUCCAUUAAAAGGAUAUUUCAUUUAUUUAUAAAUGUUGAAACAUGAAACAUAAAUGUACUCAUAAUACUGAAAAACCUGGUGGAAAUGUGAAGCAAAGCGUAAACCAAAAAAAACAGUAACCUUGAAAAUAUCUAAUUUAAUUGGAUCAUAUCAUUAUCAAAAGACUCUUGAUGGUAAUCAGUACUUUCCAUAAAUCCAAUGCGAUAAUGGUCUUGACCAAACAAAUUAUUGAGUUUGACUUUUAAAUUUUGCAGAGUAGUUAAAAUACAUCAAACAAAUUAUACAGAUUUUGCAGAUAUGGGGAGGAACCCAGGUGUAUAAAAGAGUCUGCUGGUCCUCUGUUCGUUGUACAGAAGCAACAUGGGCAAGCUACUCAUCUGCGUUGGACUGGCUCUCCUGCUGCAUGUGCAGCUAGGAUCAUCCUACAUCCUCUCCUGUUAUUUCACUAACUGGGGACAGUACCGUCCUGGAGCAGGCAAGUAUUUCCCCACCAACAUUGACCCAUGUCUCUGUGACCACCUCAUCUAUGCCUUUGCUGGAAUGGACAACAACAUGAUCAAGACCUACGAGUGGGACGAUGAGAAGCUCUACGGCGAAUUCCAGGCCCUGAAGAACCAGAACAGCAACCUGAAGACUCUGCUGGCCAUCGGAGGAUGGAACUUUGGUACUCAGAAGUUCACAGCUAUGGUUUCCACUGCUGCCAAUCGCCAGACCUUCAUCACUAGUGUGAUCCAGUUCCUGCGUCAGUACGAGUUUGAUGGUCUGGAUAUUGACUGGGAGUACCCUGGCUCUCGUGGCUCCCCACCUGAGGAUAAGCAGCGCUACACCGUCCUGGUCCAGGAGUUGAUGAGCGCCUUUGAGGCUGAGGGCAAGAAGACCAACCGUCCCCGUCUGUUGCUGACUGCUGCUGUCUCUGCUGGAAAGGGAACCAUCGACUCUGGAUACCAGAUUGCACAGAUUGGAGCUGUGCUGGACUACUUCCACGUCAUGACCUAUGACUUCCACGGUUCUUGGGAGCAAAAUGUUGGAGAGAACAGCCCUCUGUAUAAGGGCCCCGCUGACCAGGGAUCCAUGAUCUACUUCAAUGUGGACUAUGCUAUGAAUUACUGGAAGAGCAACGGUGCCCCAGCUGAGAAGCUGCUGGUUGGUUUCCCCACCUACGGCCACACCUUCCGCCUGGCUUCCUCUAACACAGCUGUGGGAGCUCCUGCCAGUGGACCCGGACCUGCUGGAACUUUCACUCGUCAGGCUGGCUUCUGGGCGUACUAUGAGAUCUGCACUUUCCUGAAGCAAGGAGCCACUCAGGCUUGGGACGCCCCUCAGGAUGUGCCAUAUGCCUACAACCAGGGAAUCUGGGUUGGAUAUGACAAUGUUAAGAGCUUCCAGAUUAAGAUUCAGUGGUUGAAGCAGAGCGGUUUUGGUGGAGCCAUGGUGUGGAGUUUGGAUCUGGACGACUUCAGUGGCACUUUCUGUGGCCAGGGAAGAUACCCCCUGAUCAACACCAUCAAGAGCGGACUGGGAACUGGAGCUUCCUGCACUUCUCGUUCUGACCCCCUGCCUCCAGUCACACCAACCGCCCAUGCUCAGCCCCAGCCUGGCGGUGGUGGCAGCAGCGGUGGCGGCAGCAGCACAGGAUCUGGUUUCUGCGCAGGCAAGUCUAAUGGUGUCUACCCUGACCCAACCAGCAAGAAUAAAUUCUAUGAGUGCAACCAGGGAGCUACCUACGUCCAGCAUUGUGCUACCGGCUUGGUGUUUGAUAACAGCUGCAAGUGCUGCAACUGGGCUUAAACAAUCCAUGGUUGAACUUCAUACUGGUUGUUUUUAAUUUAGGAGCUGGGUCAACUAUCAUGUAACAUAAGACCAUCUAUGCCCAUUCAACAACAGCUCUGUAACACCUGUCACUGAACUAAACUGAAUAAAUAUCACAUUCAAAGCAA